AUUUCUUACCGUAGAAGGGCCGCUUUGCUGAGCAGGAACUUCCGGUGCGUUGGCUGCCGGGAAAGGACUCCCUGGGAGGAAGUCUGUGGUCCAGAUCUAAAGCGAACCGAAGGAUAAACAAGCCACAUCGAGUCCAGCUUCCGGGUUCGCUGUGCACUUUCCAGGACAGAAGGGAAGGCUGCUCGUAGGCGGGAACUUUGCUGAGAAAUCCAGGAAUCACAUAAACAUAUCUAAAAUGAGCGACUUGGAAGAGGCUGAACUACAACUUUCUGAAUUAGAUUUGCUUUCUAGUAUGUUCCCCAAUGAAGAUGAAUUUAAAGUGACUGACCAACUGGCUUUAGCAGAACUGAAGGAUCACAUUGACAGAUGCACCUUGGAAGUGCCAUCAUCAAAAAUACAGUUUACAUUGAAUUUAGAAUUAGACACUGCAGAUGGAAAUAAGAUUCCACUUUCUUUGUUUUGUGCUUUCCCAUUAAAAUACCCAGCUGUUCUUCCAGAAAUUACUAUCAGAUCUCCAUCUAUAAGCCGAUCACAGCAGGUACAGCUGAACACAGAUCUUAUAACCUACUUGAAGACACACUGUGCUGGUGAAGUCUGCAUAUUAAGUGCAAGAGAAUGGAUUAAAGAACAUGGCACUGCAUACAUCAGUAGAGAUCCCUCAUCUUCCAGCAUGAUGAAAUCAAGUAUUCAGAAGUCAGAUAAUGUUUUCACUAGACUAUGGAUUUACAGUCAUCACAUUUAUAACAAGCACAAAAGAAAGAAUAUAGUUGAUUGGGCUAAGGAACUCUCUCUGUCUGGAUUUAGCAUGCCUGGGAAACCAGGUAUCAUUUGUGUAGAGGGCCAGCAGAGCCUGUGUGAGGAGUUUUGGGCAAGAAUCAGAAGAUUAUCAUGGCAGAGAAUUUUAAUACGUCACAGAGAAGACAUUUGCUUAGAAGGAACUGAAGCUGAAAUGGGAAAACAAAAUAAAUUUUUUGCUUUUGAAGAAAAAAUAUUUGAUGCACAUGGUGCCAGAGGAAAUCACAUGGAUUUGGGACAAUUGUAUCAUUUUUUACUUGACAGUGGAUGUGGUGAUAUUUUUCAACUGUACUUUGGAGUUGAAGGACAAUAGAUCAUCAAGAGGUGGAAAAAAACACAUGGAACACUUAAAUGAAACUUUAGCAGUCCUCUGUGGGUGACAUGUAAUUGUGGUGUCCCGCUUCUGUUUAUGACAACAGGAUUGUACCUCCUCCUCUCCCCUUUUCAUCCCAAAUGUGUUGUGGGACCUUCUGCAGCAUUUUGGGGAGUGGGUUGGCAGGAGAAAAUCCAAUCGCAUCCACUGGUGUAAUGUUGGAUCUUGUCCUAUGCUUUUACCUUUUUAAAAAUAAAUAAAAUACUAAGAACUUUACUCAUUUACAUCUGAUAAAUUAUGAAUGUCCAAACAAGUUUGAUUUUAAUUUAAGAUAACAUUUUAAUGCUAAUGACAAACAAUGCUAAUGAUAAAGCAAUGCAGUUGAUCUAUUUAUCUAAAUAAUUCCCAUAAUCUCAAAUACCUAUGUAGCCUAAUCCUUUGCAGAAUUAAAAAACUCAUUGAAAUGAAUGGGCGUUGAUAAAACUAACUAUAUAGAAUUGAUUUGCUACACAGCAUUCUUCAGGUAUGAACUACUUCUAUCUGUUCUUCUCAUCUGCAAAUCACAAAAUACGAUAGCUAUUUUUUC